CCCUCCCUCGCACGGUUCCUCCGGCCUUGCUUUCUGCUGUGUAGGCCGCACGGUGGUGGUUGCGGCGGCAGGGAUGGCGGUAGCUGUGCGUGCUCUGCAGGAGCAGCUUGAGAAGGCGAAAGAGAGUCUCAAGCACGUCGAUGAGAACAUCCGCAAGCUCACGGGGCGAGACCCCAACGACGUGCGGCCUGCUCAAGGUAGAUUACUGACCCUCACAGGCCCUGGUGGAGGUAGGGGUCGUGGAAAUAUAUUGCUGAGGCGUGGAUUCUCGGAUAGCGGAGGAGGACCUCCAGCCAAACAGAGGGAUUUGGAAGGGGCGACCAAUAGGCUGGCUGGGGAGCGUCGGACAAGACGAGAAUCACGCCAUGAAAGCGACGCAGAGGAUGACGAUGUUAAAAAACCAGCGUUGCAGUCUUCUGUUGUUGCUACCUCCAAAGAGCGAACACGCCGAGACCUUAUUCAAGAUCAAACUAUGGAUGAAAAGGGGAAACAAAGGAAUCGGCGUAUAUUUGGCCUGUUGAUGGGUACUCUUCAGAAGUUCAAACAAGAAUCUACAGUUGCUACUGAGAGGCAAAAAAGGCGACAAGAAAUUGAACAGAAACUUGAAGUGCAAGCCGAAGAAGAGAGAAAGCAAGUUGAAAAUGAGAGACGAGAACUUUUUGAAGAAAGACGUGCUAAACAAACAGAGCUGCGGCUUUUGGAACAAAAAGUUGAACUUGCUCAGUUGCAAGAGGAAUGGAAUGAACAUAAUGCCAAGAUAAUUAAAUACAUACGAACAAAGACAAAGCCUCACCUGUUCUACAUCCCUGGCAAAAUGUGUUCUGCUACACAGAAGCAGUUUGAUGACUCGCAGAAAAAGUUAAACGCACUGUUUGAACAUAGGCGCAUUGAAUUUGCAGAGCAAAUUAACAAAAUGGAAGCCAGGCCCAGGCGGCAAUCUGUGAAGGAAAAAGAACAUCAGGAGGUGAAGAAGGAAGAAAAGAAGGAAGACCAGAACAAGGAGCAGGAAGAGGGUAAGGUGGUUCAGCAGGUGGAAGAGAUGGAGACAGGUAAUCAGAGCAAUGAUGUAGAAAUGGAAGAGGUAGGGGAGGAAAAGGAGGUAGGUGUUAGUCAUAGGGAUGGGGAGAUAGAACAGGAGGAGGAGGAUCAGAAAGAGGAAGUGCAGGUUCAAGUAGAAGAGGGAGCCGAGGUUAAAGAGAACAGGCAGCAGGACAAUCAGCAUGAUAAUGUUGUGUUGAAAGAGGAAGGUGAAAACAGUCUACCAGUAGAUGGUGAGCAGGAUGUGGUGGAAGCUGAGGCAGAUAAUGCAGAACCAGUAGAAAAUGAGAAUAGCAAAGAGAUCGAACCAGAAAUGGAGUGUAACGCUCCACCAGUCCAGGAGUGUCCUGUUAUUUCCUUGGAGAAAGAGGAAGCCAGCAAGCCAGAAGCUGAUGCUGAACCGGAGGAGACGGAAGAAAAGGAACCUGAAUUCACUCCAGUAGAGGAGGCUGAGGCCCAGCUUCAGCCAGAGUCUGUGCUUUGGCCACAGCCUCCACCAUUAUUUGAAUCCACUCAAGAUCAAGAUCCUCAGGUAGUCAAAGAAGGAACUGCGGCGCCUGAGAAGCUGCCUGAGAGUCAGGCAGACCAGGUGCAGGUAGGAAGUGCUGAAGUCAAGCACAAGAUUAGGAGCAGGAGCAGAGGCAGAGCAAAGAACAAGACUAGCAAGAGUCGAAGUCGGAGCACCAGCAGUAGCACCAGUAGUACUAGCUCUACGAGUAGUAGUAGCGGCAGCAGUUCUAGCAGUGGCACCAGUAGUAGUCGGAGCAGCUCCAGCAGCAGCAGUAGCACUAGUGGUAGUAGCAGUCGAGAAAGUAGCAGUAGUUCUAGUAGCAGCGAGAGCAGGAGUCGAAGCAGAGGGCGGGGGCAUAAUAGGGAUAGAAAGCGGAGGAGGAGCUUGGAUCGGAAGCGAAGGGAUAAUUCAGGAGUAGACAGAAGUCACAAGUCUUCGAAAGGUAGCAGCAGAGAUGCAAAAGGAUCAAAGGAUAAAAUCUCGAGGUCCGACAGGAAGAGAUCUAUUUCAGAAAGUAGUCGGUCAGGCAAAAGAACUUCACGGAGUGAAAGAGACCGUAAAUCAGACAGGAAAGACAAAAGGCGUUGACAGAAGAGUCCAGGCUCCUUAGCCUAAUCUUUGCAGCAGAAGAUUACUUGAUGAGUGAAAGGAUCCCAUGUGAGGAAGAAAAGGCUGCCUUAAUUGCAUGCUGUAUAAAAUCUCUGAGAAAUGCAGAACUCUACCGGAAAACUCUUUGCUUUUACAUGGUUUUGCAAAAGGUUACUUAUCAAAUUAU